AUGACAGGCGGCGGAGUGGCGCCCCACACCGGCGGCAAGGAGGUGCCAGCGGGCGGCAGUGUAGGGCUUGACAUGCGAUGGGUGUUAAAUCCCAACGUUACAUACGCGGCGGGCGUGUGCGUUGCCGUCGCCUGCAUCGUGUCAUUCAUUGACUUGCGUGAUCACGUGGCCCGAUUUGACUAUCCUCAGCUGCAGGUCCUGGUGCUUCGCAUCAUUGCAAUGGUUCCUAUCUAUGGUAUUUUCUCCUUGUUGUCAGUGGUGUUGCUGGAUAUGCGCUUCUUCCUUGAGACAAUUCGUGACACAUACGAGAGCUUUGUGCUCUACAUGUUCUUUAUUUUAUUGCUGAAGUACUGCGGCGGGGAGGGUCAACUGCUGCGGUCGCUAAAGGCAAAGCGCUACAAGGGGGUUCACUUAUUCCCGAUCUGUUGUUUGCCCAUGUACCCGCUAGACACGGCCUUUUACCUCCGCUGCAAGCGUUGGGUGUUGCAGUGCGCUCUCAUCAAGCCGUUGUGCUCCUUCCUUGCGAUGCUGCUGAAUCCACUUGGGCUUUACAACGAGGGCGCCUUUACCCUUGACAACGCCUACACGUACAUUUCCAUUGUCAUCAACAUUAGUCUCACGAUGUCGCUCUACUACCUGGUACUCUUUGAGGUGGAGCUGGAAAAGGAGUUGCACUACGCCAAGCCGUUUCUCAAGUUUCUCUGCAUCAAGACAAUCAUCUUCUUUAGCUUCUGGCAGAGCGUUAUGGUUAAUAUUUUGCUGAAAAUGAAGCUGCUCUACACGGGGGACACCGAACAUGAGCGGGAGACUGUCGGUGCAGCCAUUCAGGACUUGCUCAUGUGCUUUGAAACACUGCCUGUAGCUUUGAUGCAUCGCGCCGCCUUUGGUCGCAGGAAACUCGAUGAGGAGAUGGCUGCAGUUCCCAUCUACAUGAAGGAGGGGAAUAAUCGCAACAUUAGAAGCAACAUCGACACCGCCCUCAAUAUUAAUGAUGUGAUUGAAGACACCAUUGCCACAAUCUUCUAUCGGCGGGGGAAGCUUGUUGACCAGGAGAACGUAGAGGACGACAACACCGAGGAGGAUGAAACGGCGAACGCCUCCAAAAGGCGAGGUGGGGCUGUAGCAGCGGAGGACGGGUUUGACGAGGCGGUGGUGGCAUACGGACGCGAUCCAACGCUGGAGGAGAUUGUGCACCACGCCAUUGCCUCCGACUACGGUGUACGGGCAGACGGCUUACUGCACUACGAUGAGGACAGUGACAGGGAUGAGCGGAAUCGUGACAUGAACUUUACCGACACUGAUGUCAUUAUGCGGCGCACGCGGCACGAGGAGGCCAGCGAGGCUGUGAAGGUGGACACCGAUGUUUUGCAGAGCCACCAGGUGCAAUUGCAAACAAAUACUCCGCAGAUUUAUUGUGUCGUGUGUGGACGCUUUGAUCGCGAGAUGGUCCGUCGUAAGAAUGGCUACAAGUGCAAGGAAUGUAUUGGGGUGAAGAGUAAGGUGCUGCUACGCACCUACCAACAGGGAGUGCUGGAGCAGGCGACGGGCAGCUCUCACGGGGCCGAGCCAGCAGCCUGA